ACGUAGCUCAGUAGCGCGGGGAAUUUCGAGUAGUAAUCUAGCGCGGGAGGCCAGUGGGAGGCGGGCCCCCGGCAUCCUGAGGAGAGAUCAUGGAAACCUUGGCUGAGCCUCGGUGGCCUCCUGGCCUGGCAGUGAUGAAGAGAAUAGAUGAUUUACUGCGAUGUGGAAUUUGCUUUGAAUAUUUUAACAUUGCAAUGAUUAUUCCUCAGUGUUCACAUAACUAUUGUUCUCUCUGUAUAAGAAAAUUUCUAUCUUAUAAAACUCAGUGUCCAACUUGUUGUGUGACAGUCACAGAGCCAGACCUGAAAAAUAAUCGCAUACUAGAUGAACUGGUAAAAAGCUUGAAUUUUGCACGGAAUCAUCUGUUACAGUUUGCUUUAGAAUCACCACCCAUAUCUCCUGCUUCUUCCUCUUCUAAGAAACUUGCUGUCAAAGUACAUACUCCUGGAGGUUACCGACAUUCUUUAAAGCAGGGGAGCAGAUUAAUGGACAAUUUCUUGGUUAGAGAAAAUAAUGGUUCUAUAUCAGAGUUGUCAAUGAAAGAAAAUGACAUUAAAUUUAGCCCACAGAAAGAGGCAAGCACUUCUCUGGAGACCAAAGCAGCAUGUUUUAUGGGAAAGACAGCCCUUGGCUUCUCAGAUACUAAUUGUCAUGAGAUACCCUCUACGUCCACUUUGAAGCAAGUUUCUAAAGUGGAUUGCCCUGUUUGCGGAGUUAGCAUUCUAGAAAACCACAUCAAUAAACACUUAGACAGCUGUUUAUCACGUGAAGAGAAGAAGGAAAGCCUCAGAAGUUUUGUUAACAAAAGGAAGCCACUGCCCAAAACGGUGUAUAACUUGCUCUCUGAUCGUGAUUUAAAGAAAAAACUAAAACAACAUGGAUUGUCUACUCAAGGAAAUAGACAGCAGCUUAUUAAAAGGCAUCAAGAAUUUGUACAUAUGUACAAUGCCCAAUGUGAUGCUUUGCAUCCUAAAUCAGCUGUUGAAAUAGUCCAGGAACUUGAAAACAUGGAAAAGACCAGGAUGCGUCUUGAAGCAAGUAAACUCAGCGAAAGUGUAAUGGUUUUUACGAAGGACCAAACAGAAAAGGAAAUAGAUGAAAUUCACAGUAAAUAUCGUAAAACGCAUCAGAAUGAAUUUCGGCUUCUGGUGGAUCAGGCAAAAAAAGGAUACAAGAAAACUGAUGGAAUGCCAAAAAACAAAGUAAUGAAAAAAGAUGAAUCUACAGAAAAGCUGUCAUCCAUGCAUAUGGGACAGGAAGAUGAUAAAAUGAAAUUUUCAGAUACAACCUCAGUAAGAAAUCACUUUCCUCCAUCAAAUCUAUGCUCCCCAGAAAAGAUGAAGCCUGACAGACAAGAUGAUUCUUCUAGUUGUACCGAUAUUCAGGAAUCAGCUCUUUAUUCAUCGGAAUCAGGUUCAUGCAAUAGUUCCAGUUCAGACAUCAUAAGAGAUCUUCUGGAAGAAGAGGAAGCCUGGGAAGCAUCACAUAAAAAUGAUCUUCAAGACAUAGAAAUAAGCCCAAGACAGAAUCGCCGCACAAGAGCAGCUGAAAGUGCUGAAAUUGAACCAAGAAACAAGCGUAAUAGGAAUUAAUGUGGGCUGUUGCUGAUUUUUUAAUUCAGUGAUCAGAAUGUGGUACUUUUUAUUGCCAUGUAUGGAUUUCAUAUUUAUAAAUGUCCAAGGGAAGAUGUUAAUUCCUAAAUGUUAUGGUUAACUGAUUUCUAGUCUCUUCCGCCUUUCCAGAAAAAGUUGAGCAUCCUCACUUGGUCAGUUGCCUUCUGCCUCUAAAACGUUUCUCCUUAAAAACACUAUCCACAUGUUCACCAGCUUUGCAGAGUGGGUAAACUAUUUGGGAAAGGGAUUUUAUUUGGUUUCUAAAUUUCAAAAUGUCCUUACACAAUCCUCCUUUUCUUCCAUGGACACCAACUUCACAAAAGGAUUCUUUUCUGCCUAUUUACUAUAACAAGCACUUGAGUUAAGAGUAUCUGUAUUUUGUGCUGAUUCACAUUCUUGGUGUGUGUAAGUACCUGAUGCCGUUAUUUCAGCAAACCCAUGACAGCAAUUCAUGAUAGUUAUUUUCUAAGUUGAAUGUAGUUUUUGUUAAACUUGUGUUUUACACAUUACUCAGAAUAGAAUUAUAAUUAAAAGUCACAAAGUUAGUAUUAUAAUUUUUUAAAAGUUACAAAGUUAGUAUUAUAAUUUAAAGUCACAAAGCCAUAAUAACUUUGAAACAUUGAGCUUAUUCUUCUGAAUGGCUCUUAAAAAAGAUUAUUGUUAGUAUUUUUUCAGUUGAGUUGAUCAGAUCUCCAACAUUUUGAAUCCCAGCCAUUUAAUGAAAAGUAUGUAAUAAAUGUAUUUUGUUAAUGAAUGGACUCUUACAUUAAUUUGGAAUAAUGUCCUUAAAACUAUAUCCUAUGAAUAGUUGUGUACAGUUCACAAUUUGUUGGUCAGAAAUUGUUAUCUAAAUGUGAAAAGUACACCAGUAUCUAGUUCCUACUGCUUACUUCUCUUUGGUAUUUCAGAGCCAACCUACCCCCAUCUCUUCCUCUGCUGUUACCCAAACCAAACACAUCAACUUGCAAAUAACAUGGGAGCAAAUGCAGCAGUGUUAAAAUAACAAAUUUAUGGGUAUGCCAGGGAAAGCCUUUGUGAUUUCUCCUUUCAAAAGAAUAUCUCCAGUGACUGGCUUUUUGGUAUGCUUUGGGCUUUCUGAUAACUUGGAGUCUCAUGGUGAGAGUUUAGCAUUUUCAUACUGAAACCCACCAUUUUUCUUUAUGAGUUUACUGAGUUUCAAAUGAUUACAAAAGAAUUUGUCAUAGUCAUUUCAUCUGCCUAAAGCAAUAAAUGGUACACUAAGGAAGUGAGAAGCAGCACCACUCACUGAACUUGUCAGCAGAUCUGAUGUGAUGGUUAGGAGCAUCCAGCCAAAGUGGAGGCUAGUGUUGGUAUAAUGUAUACUAAGUUGCCAGAAAUGAUGCUACAGUGAAAAUGGCUUCUUUCACUAAAAAUUAUAAUCUUAUAAGUUAAACUGCAGGUAAUUACUAUUUUAUUUGCAGCAAGAGGAGUAAAUGGAGCAGUGAGAUCCAAGAGAGGGGGAUCUCUCAUUCAAUAAAUUUGAUUAUCAACUU